AUGGUCCAGCUCGCGUCGUUCAAGGGUCUCGUCGGCCUCUUCGCAUUGGCUUCGUGCGUGUUGCCAAUCUCUGCGGCACCCGUCGUCCGAAGGCAAGGAUUCAGCUUCCCCGAACUUCCCUUCGCCCAGUUCCAAAUCUCAACAACCCCCGGUGGUACCGCUCGUCAAGAAGCUGCCGCCAUCUUCCUCGACCCCUUCAAUGGCGUCAACCUCGCUGAUCUCGAUGACUCGAUCGAGAAGAACAUUGCUGCCAUGCGUCAAACUGCCGAAAAGGCCGAAACGGAGCUGUUCAACCCUGCGAUUGACGCUGCAUCUGGCGCCCAGAAGGAGGCUCUCCAAGUUGGAAAGACCAAGAACAAGGUCUUGAAGCAUACCGCUUUCCUCCAGCUUUUCAGGAUCAGGUUGGCCAAAGCUCAGGCUAGUGGACGCGAUACUUCCAAAAUUCUGGCUGAUAUCGCCGACCGAGAGAACCUGUUGGAGAAGAACAGCGAGGCAGAUCUCAAGAACGCAGGCAAGGCCUCCGCUUCUCCAGUCGCUUCUGAGCCCCGUCCUGCAAUUGGCAACACUGGCAACAACAACAACGCCCCCGCCCCCCAGACCGACGCUUUCUCUUUCCGCGAACUCCCAUACGCCCAAUUCCAGAUCUCCUCGACCCCAGGUGGAACCGCUGCUGAAGAAGCCGAGGCUCUCUUCCUCGCUCCUUUCCAGGGUGUCAACCUCGCAGAUCUUCCCGACUCUGUAGAGAGAGCUCUCGCUCGCAUGCGUGAAGCCGCCGAGGCUGCCGAGGUCGACCUCUUCAACCCCGCCAUCGCCCGUGCUUCCGGUGCUGAAGCUGCUGCCUUGGAAGUUGGAAAGACCAAGAACAAGGUCCUCAAACACACCAUCUUCCUCCAGAUCUUCAACAUCCGACUCGCCAAAGCCCAAGCCGCUGGACGCAACACCGCCUCCAUCGAGGCUGAUCUCGCCGAUCGCUUGGCCAAGUUGGCUACCAACACCAACCUCGACCGAAACAACCGCGGACGUGCCUCUCGCGCAGUUGUUUAA